AGGUGGCCAAUCAGCGCGCCGGUGGGUGGGGCGCUAAGCGGAAGUCCUGUCAGGAGUGGGUCACCUCCGGGCCCGGGAAGAUGGCCCAGAGGUUGGUGUUCCGGCGGCUGCUGUCCCUCACCCUCAGGACACUGCCCCUGCAGGGGCAGCGGAUGGUCUCUGGCCCCCUGACACCGCGUGUCCCCCUGGCACCCCAUGGCAAAGCCUUUGGCACCUCAGCAAGCUGCAGGAACACCUUCAACGUGCAGGAUGGCAGUGACUUCCAGGACCGGGUAGUAAACAACCCCAAACCCGUUGUGGUGGACUUCCAUGCACAGUGGUGCGGCCCCUGCAAGAUCCUAGGCCCCAGGUUAGAGAAGAUGGUGGCCAAGCAGGAGGGGAAGGUGCUGAUGGCCAAAGUGGACAUCGACGAUCACACAGACCUUGCUAUUGAGUACGAGGUGUCAGCGGUGCCAACCGUGCUGGCGAUGAAGAACGGGGAUGUCGUGGAUAAGUUCGUGGGGAUAAAGGAUGAGGAUCAGCUGGAGGCAUUCCUCAAGAAACUCAUCGGAGCCUGAAGUGAAAGAGUGGCUGUACCUCUGCCUCUGGACACGUCCACGCUGUGCAUUCCUUGCCUGGGAGAGCUGAGGGGCACGAGAACUGCCUGCCUUGCACAACCUGGGGUUUUUUUCCUGGUUUGGGUUGGGUUUUUUUUUUUGAGAUGGACAGUGUUGUAACCCUUUCCUCCCACUCCCCCUUCUCUCAAGCAGCAGUAGUUGUAAAAUGUGCUGAGGAGCAGGGCUGCUUAUUCUCAAAAUGGGGAAUGCAGCUGGAAUUAGGAGCCUGUGUUUAUCAGCAAAGAGCUGACGUGCAGAGCUGCUGCUGCUGCUGAGUUAAGAGGAGGAAUGUUUUUCUCUUUGCCUAGCAUCUGAUAGCACAGAGCAGAGGGCAGCUGCUCCCUGCAAGAUGUGGGUACAUACCUGCCCUGGGUGGGUUUGUUUAAAGCUGAGAAUGCCUCUGCCUUGUCUGUGAAACCUGUCUCUUUGUCCUUCUGUCCACGUGUCGCUGAGACGGGUACCACUCCUGCACAAAUCUAUGGGCUCCCAUCAGAAUUUUAUAAGAGAAAAUAGAAGUAUUUUAUGGAUCUCCUUUUGUAGGUCUGUAAUAAAGAGAACUUUAUUGGUCACUGCUCUCUAGCUGGAGAAUAAAACUUGAUUCUCAGAAA